UGAAUGGGACCGGGUUCGCUGGCUGUCCUGUUGUAUCCCAGAAUGCUGUGCUGUCCCAUAUCUCCUCUAUUCAGCUUGGAUUUUGCUUGGGAGAGAGUGAGGGCAGACUUGCCUUAGUCAGCAGCCAGCUUCUGGAACAGCAGCAUAAAUACCAGAAGAGGAGACACCGGAUACCUGGUAAAUAGAAUAAACUAGUCUAAUAGAAAAUAAAAUGAAGAUGCAUUUCCUCUGAAAUUAUAACGAAUAACCCAUCAUGACCACAGAAACAGGGUCAGUCUCUGAAUCCAAGCAGGAACAAGAGCAGCAAGAAGGGUCUGGUCAGCAGCACGCAGCUACAACGCAGCAGCAGCAGCAGCAGCAGCAGCAGCCACUACCGCCCAAGGAGGUGCAGCAGUUUGCCACCGAGCAUUUCCCUGCCGCCGCAGCACACAGCACUCCCGUGAAGAAGGAGCAGAACGGGGACAGAGACAGAGAGGCCGAACCUGUUGGUAAACACGAAUACCAACAGUUUGAAGACGACAAGGCUUCUCAAAAGUCAUCUUCGAGCAAGCUCUCCAAACCAUCUCCUCUAAAAGUGGUGAAGAAGCCCAAGAACAUGCAGUGUAAAGUCACUCUACUGGAUGGCUCAGAUUACUCCUGUGUGGUGGAGAAGCGCUCCAAGGGCCAGGUGCUGUUUGACAUAGUCUGUGAUCAGCUCAACCUUCUAGAAAAGGACUACUUCGGUAUCACAUUCCGGGACUCAGAAAACCAAAAGAAUUGGUUGGACCCUGCCAAGGAAAUAAAAAAACAGAUACGAAGUGGUGCCUGGCAGUUUUCAUUCAAUGUAAAAUUCUACCCUCCUGACCCAGCCCUGCUUUCAGAAGAUAUCACCAGGUAUUACCUGUGCUUGCAGCUAAGGGACGAUGUGGUGUCGGGCCGCCUGCCUUGCUCCUUUGCCACACACUCUGUGCUGGGCUCUUACACUGUCCAGUCUGAGCUGGGGGACUAUGACCCAGAAGAGUAUGGCACUGACUAUGUUAGUGAGUUCCGCUUCGCCCCCAACCAAACUAAAGAGCUUGAGGAAAAAGUCACGGAAUUGCACAAAAACAUCAAGGGAAUGACGCCUGCUGAAGCAGAGAUGAAUUUACUGGAGAAUGCCAAAAAGCUGUCCAUGUAUGGAGUAGAUCUGCAUCAUGCCAAGGAUUCAGAAGGAGUGGAAAUCAUGCUAGGAGUGUGUGCUAGUGGGCUGCUUAUCUAUCGAGACCGACUCAGAAUAAAUAGGUUUGCCUGGCCCAAGGUGCUCAAAAUUUCUUACAAGAGGAACAACUUCUACAUCAAAAUCAGGCCAGGGGAGUUUGAACAGUUCGAAAGCACAAUUGGCUUUAAGUUACCAAACCAUCGAGCUGCCAAGAGGCUCUGGAAGGUUUGUGUGGAGCACCAUACAUUCUUCAGGCUUGUAUCCCCGGAAGCCCCACCAAAGAAGUUUCUCACUUUGGGUUCCAAAUUCCGCUUCAGCGGAAGGACACAAGCCCAGACACGACGGGCCAGUUCUCAAAUAGUCCGCCCUGCACCCUACUUUGAGCGUUCCUCUAGCAAACGCUACACCAUGUCCCGCAGCUUGGAUGGGGCUCAACAGAGUAAACCAAAAAGCAAACUGACUGUUGUACCUGGAGUUAAACUGCCAGUCACAUUAAAUGAGACUAACAUUCCAGCCUCAGUGAGUGAAAACCACGAAAUAUUCAUGAAGGAUUCCAUGUCCGCUUCAGAGGUGGGCACUGCCCAGUAUGGGACGACCAAGGGCAUUGCCUCCGGGGACCUCAUUACCACUGUAACCCCUGAAAAGAAGGCUGAGGAGGAGAGGGCCGAGGAGGAGGAAGGGACGACAAAAGAGGAGGAGGAGGAGGAGGAGGAGGAGAAGGAGGUUCCUGAACCCGCUGCGCUUACCCCUGUUAAAUACGAAACAAAGCUGCUUUCUUUAUUCCGCACUUAUCCAUCCUGCUCUGAACCUUUGCAUUCUGCUUCCCCUGUCUCAUCAACAAAGAUCCGCAGGAGACGCAAGGAGAACGCUCGUAAAAGAGCAGGUUCCGCCAGCCCCACCAAACAUGGUGCUGUCAGUAAUCCCGGGCAGCCGGAUUCGGAAAAGAAACCACCGGUUCACAUAGACGAACAGGAUCCAGUGGUUUCACGUUAUAAGCAGAAAAAAGACAAAAAAGGCGGGACCUUGUUUUCCUUCUCCUUGCAUCUCCCAGAUCUGCCGUCCUUCCUGGAUGACGAUGGUUACCUUUCCUUCCCCGACAUUUCGGAAGUUACUUUCUUACCUGAAAGCAUUCAGCACUUUCUCCCCAUCCAGUCGCCCUCUCUUGCUCCCUGUUUGCUGUUCAUCUUUUUCUUCCUGCUGUCAGCCUCGUUCUCAGUUCCCUACGCUCUCACCCUCUCCUUCCCCCUGGCUUUGUGCCUCUGCUACCUGGAGCCCAAGGCGGCCUCUUUGAGUGCCUCACUUGACAAUGACCUGAGUGACAGUUCAGAGGAAGAGACUGACAGCGAGCACACAGACACUGCAGUUGAUGGUGAAACUACAGCCACAGAGUCGGAUCAAGAAGAUGAGUCUGAAAUAAAGCCACAGAAUAGUUUUAUAAGGCGAAUAAAAGGGGAAAAUAUAUUUGUCAAACAUAGUAAUCUGAUGUUAGAGGACACAAUUAAGACUGAAGAAGAGUUAUUGAAACACCAAACCAACAUCAGCGAGUUGAAACGAACGUUUUUGGAAACAACCACAGAUGGUGCUGGACUUACGGAGUGGGAGAAGAGGCUCUCUACGUCCCCAGUGCGGACUGCCCCGAGACUGGAAGACGCUCCAAUGAUUGAACCCCUUGUGCCUGAGGAAACAAAAGAAGAAUCGGCUAAAGUAAAAGCAGAUGAAACCCUAGAGUUUGUGUACAAUGAGAAGACUGUGAAAGAGGGGUUUACAUCUGGCAGCAUGAUCUCCUCUUCUCAUCACAUUACGAUGCUGAAGACUAUUCCAUCAUCCCCUGAGGGUUCUGAUGACUGGGUUAUUGUAGACAAAAUGCCAGCUAAGGUAGUCCCAAGCGAAAUGAACAAUGUUGUCACCUAUAAAGUAAUGGCAGUCACUAGUACUGUUUCUGAUGGAGCUCAAAGCAGCCGUGGCAGUAAAAUCAGAACCCUUGAAGACUACCGAAGAGAAAUGAAGGAGGAAGAGCUAAAACAGAAAGCAUACACCUUGGGAAAGUCAUAUGACACCCAAUCUGGGAAAAUUGUGACCAUGACAACGCGAUUCAGAGAUGGAGACAAGUCCGUGCAGUACUCACUGGAGGAUAAAAGAAAGAUGGACCACUCUUCCACUGUUAAAAUAUUUCCUGUUUCGGCUGAGUAUGAAGUUCUGGAGCUCGAUUCUGAGAAAGCUGCACUAUCUGGGGAUAAAGGGGCUUUAGUAACGAUCAAAGAAGCCAAGACUCCCCUUGCCUCUGGGGCCUAUACAAAACGUUUAAUAGAAACAGUUUUCACAGAGCUGCAUGAUGAACAAGGUAAACAUAUCCGGAAGGAAAGUGCUGGCCAGCUGGAAGAGAAGGCUUUGCAAAUGGAUGAUGUCAUACAGAAUGACAAAGCCCAGUGGAAACUUCAUGGGGAGCAGCCUUUUAAUGUUGCUACUGCUCAUUUUGUAACCAAAUCCUCAGCUGCUACAAGAGUGGUGACUAAACAGACCUCUGGUGAAAUGGAUGAUAAAGACUUCUCCACUUUAAUAGAUUCAGCAAGAGAUCAAUACAGCAAUGUGGAGUGGGCUACUUCUGCUUCACGUAGUUUGGCUCAGGUGUCGGAGAUGAAGGUGGAGCGUAAAGGCAUCUCUCAGACAUUGAAGCAGGAGGUUCACCAGCAGGAGCAAUCGCUGAUGAAGGUUGUUCAGGAGACAGUUUUGUUGAAGGAGGAGGAGGAGCGUGGGGUGACUGUGCAUGCAAGUGAUGCUGCUCUUGCUGUUGCUGCUGCUACUGCUGCUGUUGCUGCUGCUGCAGUGCAUGCAGACUCUGCUGUUCCAUCUUGCCGGAAGGGGGAAGAGGGUUCUUCAGAGGCCAAGGAUGCUAGCAAAGAGGAGAGGGAUCAGGGCAACCAAGCUGUAACUGACCAGGUUGGGAGUGUUGAUGCAUCUUCCCAGGAACAAAGGCAGCAGCAGGAUACCUCGAUUUCAGAUGAAUCUUCAGAUAAGCCUCACUUUGAGCCGCCUGUUUUGAAAACAGAAUCUGUGAGUUUUGGCAGUAUCACUCAAGAAGAAAGAGAGGAGAUCACCACUAAGGAAGUGCCAGUAAUCCACACAGAGACAAAAACCAUUACUUACGAGUCAUCCCAGGGGGAUGCCAGUGCUGAUGCAGAACCGGGUAUUCUAAUGAGUGCCCAGACCAUCACAUCAGAAACGACAAGCACUACAACUACAACACAUAUCACAAAGACGGUAAAGGGAGGCAUUUCAGAAACAAGAAUUGAGAAGAGAAUUGUUAUAACUGGGGAUGCUGAUAUUGACCAUGACCAGGCCCUGGCUCAGGCAAUUAAAGAGGCCAAAGAGCAGCACCCUGACAUGUCAGUGACCAAAGUAGUGGUACAUAAAGAGACAGAGAUCACGCCUGAGGAUGGGGAAGAGUGAUGGCAGGAAUAAAGCCUACACUUCAGAAGAAACUUUUACACAUCAUGAGGAAUAAGGAUGUCUGUGGAGUCAGCUUUAAUUUUAUAUGCCACUAUCCACCCGUGGGCAUCUCACUGCAUUGGAGCACCUCAUAGAAAAUAGCACCCUUACACGAUCACUCUAUGAACGCUGGCUUACGUAAAUCUAAAUGAAUCCAAUAAAACAUUGGAAAAUGCAUAUUGCAUGACAAUUUAAGCAAUGUUGCAUUUGUUUAAAUUUAAGAGAAUAAUGAAAUUACCCAGGGUUCUAAUAUACCUGCACACUCAUUUCAAUGGAAGUAGAGAUAAAAGAACACUUUUAAUCUCUGCAUUUUAAUAGUAGAGAGUUAACAAGUAAAUACUAAUUUAAGUAGCUUCCUUUUAUUUAUUAAUAAUAAUAAAAUCCCCCCCCCCCCCCCCCCCCCAAAUGCUAUAGGCUGUACAUGCAAUUUGCAUAUUUAACCAUGCAUUAGAUGUGCCAACAUUACUGAGCUCAUAUGUUUACUCAAACACCUUGAACCUUGUAACUGGAUUUUAUCUGAUUUUACUGAUAUUGCUUGCAAAACAACAGUGAACCUUAAACUUUGAAAUGAAUUGUUAUGCUACAUACAUGUGCUUCUUAGGCAGAAAAGUACUAUUCUUGGGUAACGAUUUAGUCAUUUUUACUUGAAUCACAUAAUUUUUGUUUUUCCAGUAAGUUUGAAGUUAAGGUGAAAGGCUAAAUAUAGUAUUCCUUUAGUGGCAAAAAAAGAAACCUCUAAAAAAUAAGAGACUAUGCUGCUUGCAGAACAGACUGUAACUUACAUUAUGAGAGUAAUUGAUUGUAUGUAGAAUCUGUUCAUCAGUCACAGAAACUUGCUGUGGAGUCCAAUAAAUCACUCAACAUUGACUUCCUAGUGCAGAGCCAAGCCUUAAACUGUACAGAGAAUAGCUGCUUUCAGUGUGAGCUGAAAAUAUAUUUGUGUCCAUGGUUUUACAAGUAUCCAAGUCAAGGAUGUGCUAUACUCCAUCCCGUCAUCAGCUGCAGUACCAUACAUGUUGAAUGUAUGUUUCCGUAUUAGUCAAAUAAAAGUGGUAAAUGCAUUUCAAUGAAUUUGUCUUUUGUUUUUAAUAAAAUAUACUGACAAUA